UGUUAUUAUUAGAAUAUUACAAAUAAUUGUUAUGUAUAAUGAUUAAUGGUUACAAUGGAAGAGUUGGAAGCUAUAAUAGAAAAAGUGAAAUAGCAGAGAAUAAUAACUAUGGAAAAGUUUAAAUUAUAUGAGAAUGACAAUAUCGGUGUCACAAUUGAAAUUGAUAACAACAAGUCAUCAAGAAACCAAGCUAACAUGUUGUACAAAGAUGCUACAAACAGAUUUAGUACUAAUAACAUUAGUCUAUUAACUCCUUAUCCAAUCUAUAAUCAUGUUAAUUGUGAAUUUUUGCAUUAUGAUACCAUAAAAAUGGUUGCUGAUGAAGAUACAAACUCAAUUAAAGAUCAAUAUUCAAACUCCUUGAAUGACUCAAGAGCAUACAAAAAUUUACUUGAUAAAUCUGGUAAAAAUCAAUCUGUUGUUGAUGCUGAUGUGCAAGAACUUCGUUUAGUAGAUGAUUGGCUAAUGGUUUUAGUAGAACAGCAUCCAAAUUUUCCUGUGAAGAAGUUUUUUCAACACUUUCUCUCUUGUCAAAAAAGUGUUAUAACAAAAAAUAUCGAAAGAAAUGAAGCAUCAACAAAAAAUGUAAAAUCUAUUUGGGAACGUGAUGCUGAAGUUCAGCUUAUCAACAAUUUGCAGGAUGAUCAAAGAAAUAAGGAAAUAGUAGAAAAAAAUGUUGUAAAGAAAUGCACUGAUGUGAAGGAUAUAAGGUUGUUGUUAAAAAAAACUGUUAAAAAAAGAGUAAAAAAUUGUGAAGAAAAAUCACCAGCAAAAUGUGAAGCAACAGAUGAACUUUUAGAUGAUUCCAUUGUUAAUGUUGAAGAUUUUGAUGAAACUGAAAUAAGUCAUAAAAAAGAAUCUAUCAAUGUUUUACAGAAAAUUGAACAAAUGACUAGUCCAACAAAAGUUGAUAAAAUAAGUAUCAAUGGGCUGAUGAAAAGAGCUCUUCAAAAGCGAGAUCAAAGAAAAGCUAGAAGAGACAGAGCAAAGGAGUUUUUUAACUAUGAUAAACAACUAAAUAAAAAAAUAUCUGUAUGUAAUAAAAAGGUUGAUGACAAUAACAUCAAAGAUGAAGUUGCAAACUCUAUUUUAUUGGUUGAAGAUUUUGAUUCUUUGCCAGGAAAAAUUCCUAAUUCAGUAAAUAAACCUACCGAAGAUGUAGAAUUGGUUAAAAAAUCCAAAUCUGGAAAAAAAAAAAAUUCUAAGGAUAUACGAGCAAUGUUUUUAAAAGAAGAAGAGGUUAAGGAAGAUUCUUUAAUUAAAAUAAAGUCAUUGUCUUCCUUUUCUGUAGUUAAAACUUCAUCAGAUGAAAAUGUUUUAACAAAUUUAUUAAACAUUGUUAAUGAUGAACUUCCAUUGAAAAUAAGCACUGUUGAAGUUGCAGCUGACUUAGUAACUGCUAGUGUUACUGAAACUUUAAAUAUUGAGACAGAUAAAGUUUCUUGCGUAAAAAAUGAGAUAAAAAGUUCUUUGUUUCCUACUUCAUUUGUUAAGCAGUUUGAUAUAAGUUUACCAGAGACAGGAAUAAACUUUGAUGGUGACAUUAAAUGUAUUGAAAAAAAUAUGGAAAUAUUAGAUCAAUAUGAAAGUUUACCUGCAAAGUUUGAUAAAGCUGAAGAUUCUAUUGAUUGCUUUAAACAACUAAUUCAACCUGUUUCUAAAAUAGAUGAGAUUAAAAAGGAAAUUUCUGAUGUUGAAGGUCCAAAACAGGUUCUAGAUAAUAUAAUCAAUGGUCAUAAACAUGAUGGCACCAAAAAUUGUAUUAAAACAAAAACAAUCUUUACAAAUAAAAAAGCUUCUAAAUCUGAAACUUUGAAGAGAAAUAAAGAAAUGACAAAUGACAUAGUGAGAAUAAUAAACAAUGAGCAACCAAAAUUAUGUGAACAUUCAGUUGAUAGAAGUGAAAACAAAGUUUGUGAUUCUUGUAAAUGCUUAAAUCUUAUUGAUUUGGAAAGAAAUAAACCUGAAGAAUGUGAACAAAUGAAUGUUCGACGAUCAUCACGACAUAAAAGAAAAGUUGAUUACUUUGAAGACAAAAUUAGUCCACAAAAAACAGAUAUAAGGGCAAAAAAAUUCCCCAAAUGUUCUUCUGAGCCUGUUUUAAUGUCAUCAAUGUCACAAGAGUUUCGUAUAAUAGAAAAAAAAUUAGACAAUUAUGAUGAUAUGGAUAUUGAUAAAUCAAAAUUAGAUUUAGAUGAAAAAAAAUUAACACAAUUAAAGUCUUCCCAAUUUAAGGAUAUUUCCACCAAAGUCAAGCCAUCCGUUGAACUAAAUGAAGUAGUUGUUAAUUCAUUUCUUUCUUGGACUGAAAAGUAUCAACCGACCAAGCCUCGUUUUGUUUUGGGUAAUCGAGCUAAAGUUCGUGAGCUAUUCGACUGGUUAAACUCAUGGAAAGAACGCAACGACAUCGCAGCACAAAGAACUUCAAGAAGAAAUAACAGUGAAAGUGAAAGUGACUUGAGUAUAUUUUCUGAUGAUGACGAAAAUUCUUUUAUCAAUACACUGCUGUUGACAGGUCCUAUUGGUUGUGGAACUACUGCUGCUGUUGUUGCAUGUGCAAAGCAAAUGCAGUUUAAAAUUUUAGAGAUAAAUCCAUCUAUUCUUCGGACCGGAAAACAUGUUAUGGAUCGUGUCGCUGAAGCUGUUGUUUCCCAUCAGAUUCCAAAAAAGCAUUUAGCAAUAUCAAAAGCAUCAUUUUUUAGUUGCAAAUCAGAUAAACAGGAACAAUUGGUGGCAACAACACAAGUUGCAGCUGAUGAGAUAUCAUUAGUUUUAUUUGAACAUGUAGACAUUGUAUAUGAAGACCAUGAUAAAGGAUUUUGGCAAGGCCUAAAUAGUUUAUGCCGUCUUUCAAAAAGACCUAUUAUUCUCACUGCAAAUGAUCCUUCAACUAUUAUAUAUGAUGAUAGAGGAGAGCCUGUUAGGAUGGAAAGUAUUAGUCUAGAACGACCCUCUACUGAACAAUUAUUACCCAUGAUGCAGAUUAUUUGUUUAAUUGAACAUGUAUUUAUUCCAAGUGAAAUUUUAUUAGAAAUUAUUAAGUUUUGUAAUAAUGACGUAAGAAAAACUUUACUUCAACUUCAGUUCUGGUUUGAACAAGGAAAAGAGCCAAUGUAUAAACUAUGGAAGGAGAGGUGCCUGAAUAAGACUGUGACAAAUAACUCUCCCAGCCAAUUAUAUUCAAAUGAUAAGAGUCAGACAGAUAACACUCUGAUCAAAGAAAGUAGCUUGGUAGAAAAUUGUGAACCCUCUGAUCAAUCAAAGAAGAAAACUUUCAAGAUAAUGAUUCCUCGUUUUAAUUUAAAGAAUUUUUGGAAAAAUCCAGUUGAAGAGUUUUUUAACAUUGAAUCUAUUUCAUCUUUAAAUCUGUGGAACAAUCAAUGUAUUGAUUCUCAUCAUACUUUUAUAAAAAAAAAAAGCAAACAUACAACAGGUGAUCAUUUUCUUCAUAAUCUGGGUAACAUAGUUGACUGUGUUUCUGAUAUGGACUGCUAUCUUCGCCCUAGAUAUGAUUGCAAAGAAAAAGAUGUUUAUCAAUGGUCUGCCUUUUUAAAGGACAGUUUAGUAGAUUCUUUAACAUCUGAAAGUGGUGUCCCAAACCCUUAUCCUAUAAGUGAAAUGUUAGAAAGUGCUAAGUUUGUAGUAGAAAAUUGCUACGAACAAUGUUAUGAAAAAAAAGAAAAGCUAGAAUUCAUUCAACAUCGAACUAAUCACGAAGAUUUAGUUUUUCAAAGGCUUAUAGAAUCCAAGAUGCCAACUUUAUCAAGAUUAGAUCGUCAAAAUUUUUAUCAAGAUGUCUUGCCAUGUUUACGGAGUAUUAGUUCUUCAGAAGAGCAAAAGCGUAUUUUACAAGAUAAAAGAAGAAGUCGACGAUUUUUGCAUUACCUGGAUUCCGUUAGUUUAGGCUUGGAUGAAAAUGUUCUAAAGAAACUUUCCGCGUCUCCCUUUUCGAUUUUCUAGAAAAUUCGUAUUAUUCUAGAACGUUUUCCAUUAAAAAGCAAAAGCAUAGAGAGGUUGAAAAAAAAAGAUUAAAGCAAGAGGAAGAAACGAAUUUACUGCGUAUGACUAGAAUAACUUUUGAGAAACGCAUUUAAACGUCGAAACUUUUAUCCAAGCGCUAAAUUACGCAAUAUUUUAUUGAAAUGGUGAAAUAAUCUUUCUAAAUACAUCCAGUGGAACUUGAACACAGUUGAGUGAACAACAAUUUAAUUUUAUUUGCAUCAAUAAAUUGUACAUUAACUAUGUAAUUGUAUUCAUUUAUGAUUUUUUAUGUAAAGAAGCAAAAAAAACAUAAACAAAGCGCUACUGCUAUGUUUAAAGAUGUUUUCUAAAUUUAUUUAACAAAUGCUUCCUAUAUCUUUA